CACCACACCACAUCUCCCCGAGGUCCCCCGAGCAGGAGGCAAAACGGGCCGUCCGCGUCGGGAAAGCGCACAUAUUACCACACGCUCUCACCAUUGCACGCCGUCUGGGUUGGUCAAGCAAAGCUCUGGCGGACGACAUCGCGGUCGGAACUGGGGUUUCAUGGCAGCAACGCUUUUAACGAUGAGCGCCUCGCUCGCGACGGGACAAGACGAGUUUUUCACGCUCCUCAAGCCGACGCUGUCCGACGGUUUUCAGGAGGAAGCGUCUCUCUUUUCCUUUGAUGGCAAGAACACCGAAUCGGAACGGCUGUUGGCGAACGACUAUGCACAGGCCAGGCUUGAGAUGGACAAAUACCUGACACCUCAGCCCCAGGCUUCGCUACUGGCCAAGAAGAACCGAAGGGAGAGCCCGUCAGCAAUGGACCAGUUCUUCAUGGAUGACCAGGGGUCCCCUUACAGCAUCAACAUGAACGUCUACCUGCCUGACAUCGCCUGCCUGCGCACGAGCCUGUGCCGCCCAGCACGGGCAUCUAUGCCCAGCCAGGGCAAGGGCAAGCCACUGAACCAGGCCUUCUCAUCCCCACAGGACUGUUCAAUCAGCACAGCCAUAUCGGCUGCCCCCGCCCUGCCGGAGUUCACCAGCAUCUUCAGCUCGUCCUCGGGACCGGUGACCGGCGUGGACGCGGAUGACGCCGCAGGGGGGUUGUUUGUCAAGCAAGAGGUGCCCUCUUUCGAACUGCCCCAAGAUGGGCAUCUGUUCCAGCUUCUCAGCUCGGAGCUGGAUGUUCCGAUUCAGGGCAUUUCAGACUCUCACGCCCAUGCCUUGACCUCACAGGUGCCCCCCUUCCACGACCUGCACUUAGCAGCCCCUCAGACUGCUGCCAAGCCGUACUGUGGCAUGCCCACUGCUGGGUACCCCCUCGGCCCGGGUCAGUUUGCCCACGGCCAGACGCAGGUCAAAGUGCCCUACCUCCCGCCCUCCCCACCCACCUCCGAGCCCGGCAGCCCGGACCGGCAAAAGGAGCUGCGACACAACCUCACGCCGCCGCCCUCCUACGCCGCCACCAUCGCGUCCAAAAUGGCGGUGCGCACGCCCAGCCAUCCGGCGCCACCGCCCACACGCGCCCCCGUGAACGCGGGGGUCAGCGGCAUGCCCGUGCGCUACAACCGCAGGACGAACCCCGACCUUGAAAAGAGACGGAUACACCACUGCGACUUCCCAGGUUGCAAGAAGGUUUACACCAAAUCAUCACAUUUGAAAGCUCAUCUGAGGACACACACCGGUGAGAAGCCGUACAGGUGUACGUGGGAGGGGUGCGACUGGCGAUUCGCUCGCUCGGAUGAGCUAACGCGCCAUUUCAGGAAGCACACGGGCGCUAAACCCUUUCAGUGCGCCGUCUGCAGCCGUAGCUUCUCACGGUCCGAUCACCUCGCUCUUCACAUGAAGAGGCACCAGAACUAGACACUUUAACACACACACACACACACACACACACACACAGACACACACACACACACACACACACACACGUACGUACGUACGUACGUACAAGCAUUUAUAUAAGACAAAUACUGUGUAUACACACUGACAAUCAUAAUAUGUACUUACAUGAGCGGGAUAAAUGCAUUCUUUACAGCCACAUACACUGCUAAUCAUGCACUUGAAGAGACACUAGAACAACACACAUUUGUAUUAUGUCAACCCUUCCUAAAUACUGUGGUGACCUAUGUUCCUCUGACAUGCACUCACACUCAAAGGGCAGCAAAGCCGCCAACAGACAUUAAUUCAUUGAUACUAAUGCCUGACUUUUAAAAAAAACUUCUUUCUAGUAGUAUUUUUGCCAUUCGACAAGACGGUCUUAGGCCGUGACUAUUGAAAAUCCCUUUUAGAAACCACUGAACGAUGUUGCCCAAUUACAGAGCAAAUUGCUGUUAUCAAUUUACCGAUAUAAAAAACCCAACCAUUUAUUACCAUUAUAUACUACCUUUGCACCAUUUAACUCAUUUAAAUUGCAAUGUUCUCAAAGUCUUCUCAAUUUUCUUAAUUUCUUUUAUUACCAGUAUUUACGCCAUCUACACAGCUUCAUUCUACAUAGAGUCGGUCUGGCUUUUUAUUUUGCUCUUAGCUUAAAAAUAAACAACAAAAAAGGAAUGGAAAAGGUUUUGCUCUUCUAACACAAUUCCAUGGGAAGUAGAGGGCAUGUGCAAAGCUAUUAAUAUUAUUAAAGUCUGGAACUGGAAUUGAAGUCUUUGAUAUCUAUAAAGACAACCAACAAAAACACAUCACUUUAUUUUGCACUUGAAUUAGACUGGAACUGGUUUAAAAACAUCACUGGAUCAAGUACUGUUCAAACUGGUUUCUCGAGUAUAAAACCAAUCACUCCAUUUGUCUGAGACUCUCCAACUGUGCAAGCAGAUGUAUUUAUAGCCUUUGAGGACGGAUGAUAAUGUACCGCUACUGAACUGCUAUUAUGUCCUGAAUUAUUGAACAACUGCAUAUAAAAGGAUUGAGGGGGAUAUUAAAGGGAUAGACAGCUGUAUAAUUUGUACAGGCCUCUUUAUAUAUUCACAAGCAUGCCGGCCAUUUGGGUGUUGUCACUGACAUUAGCUUGAAUGUAUGAGACCGCACGAACUGUUCUUGUGAAGUAACACCAUUGAAACACAUUUCAUCUUCAAGUGCCUUUUGGGGUUUUCUUCUUUUAACAAUACUACAUACUAAAGACAAGACUUUAGUUAGGAAAAAACAGAAUACUCUUGUGGCAGGUAUUGAUUCACUGGCAAGUAUUGGUUUACUUUUAUAGCAAUUUGGUUACUUAUUACAUUAGUUUGGCUACUUUUUAAAAAUAGCUUUAAAAGUGGGUUAAACUAUUAUUUGGUUCUUCAUGUAAAAUUAACUUAUUUAUUGCAUAGCUUCAUGAAGUGAAAUUUGACACAUUGGACCUUUUGUGAAACUGAACUGCCUUAAUGUAAAUACUCAUCAUUUAUUGUGAAUAUUAUUUGAUUGAUUUUGAUGCUCUUAUUCUUUUUUUAAUGAAAUGGAGGGGCACCAACAUAUUACUCUGCAUCUUUGCAGUGUUUAUAUUUUUUGUUGUUUUGAAUAUUUUUAUUUUGUACUUAUUUUGUAGAUUGUUAAAUGAUAUUUCUAAAUUGGUUGUCUUCAUGACAAAAGUUGUUUUUUUGCCAACUGAAUGAAAGUAACCUAAUAAAAUCAACUUGACUUUUU